CACUCGAGAGAAAAUAUCAGAGGCACUUCCGCAUUUCGUCGACUUCUCUUACCUUAGUUGGCAUGGAGGGUGAUAGGCAUUUCAGUCAUCCUCAUCCAUUGAUUUCCUUUCUAGAUGAUAAUGAAGUGGAUGAAACUGAUAACUAUCAUUUUUGCAAAAUUUGCGGAUUGCCAAUUCUAUCCGCUCCCUCUUACACUUGCACCUUUGCUGCUUGUAAUUUUUUUCUGCACGAGUCAUGUGCGCACAAAAUCCAACAAGAAUUCAUCCUUCCCAAUCUUAAAGACCACAUCCUUUGUCUCCAAGUAGGAAGUCCAAAUUUCUUCUACCAAUGUGAUGAGUGCUAUCUCGAAAUGCAUCCUCUGGAUGCAGCAGCAGCAGCAGCAGUGGAUGGUGUUGAGAUCAAAACCAAACACAAGAGCCAUCCACCUCACCCUCUCGUGGCUCACUGUAGACAGAUUUUGUCUCGUUGCGAUGCGUGUGGGGAGAGACAUGAUGGUUUCUUCUUCUCCUGCCAACAAUGUAAUUUUUGGAUUCAUCAAGACUGCACCAUACUGCCUACUGCUCUCAAGCUCCUCUCUAAUCCUUGGCCUUUCCUUCUCGUAUAUUCUAUUCCUGCCAGUUCCCGGGACAGUGAGUGCGUUGGCUGUGACGACUCCUUGCUUCAUACCCAUAACGCCAUCUAUUUAUGUCCCCAAACCUUGGACUUUUCUCAUGUCAGAUGUGGACUUGACAAAAUUCAAUCAAAAACAAGCCUAAAGUUGAUCCAACUACCAGACGACGAGUUGGACACAUUUCCAAAUUUGGAGAUCCGUACAUAUUGUCAAGCAGAUGGGGAGGAGCCUAGUGAUGAAGAUAGGAAGCUCGUAAUUGAGAAUUUUCACAAGCAUCCUUUGGUCCUAGUUGGUGAUGAGACAGAGGAUCGUAAUUAUAAUUAUAAAAGACUAGUGUGUGAUAUAUGCACACAAACCAUUACUAUUCCAUCUCCAUUUUACAGAUGCUCUCAACAAACUGGCGGCUGCUCUUUCCUUGCUCAUAAAGUGUGUUCAGAGCUUCUCCCCAUUAUCAAGUUUGAGAUUCCAACUGGUUACAAUUCACUAAAGACACAACCUUUUCUGGACCCGGAAAAAUGGUACUUCAGUUCAAUAUUUCUCUGCGUUUUCUGCUGUCUUCCUACCAAUGCACCUUGCUACUACAUUCGUGAAGAUGAUUUAGGUCUCUUGGUGGUUGAUCUGUCGUGCAUGGCUACCCCAAUGAUUAUAAAGCACAGCUCACACAGCCAACACAUUCUCUUUCGCACCACCCGCCUAUCGCCUCAGGCCUCCCCCAUGACUUGUUGUUCCCGCCGCUCCACCCUUCAUGAUGUCUAUAAGUGCACUACGUGCCAUUUCUACAUUCAUAUAAGGUGUGCCUUACUACCAAAAAGGGUUCAUUUUCGUAAAUUUGAUCAACAUCCUCUGCAUUUGAUCACUACCGCUACUAUUAAUACUGGUAGUGAUCAUGACAUAUGCGAGGUGUGUGAGGAAGGUAUAGAGUGCAAGUAUUGGUUCUACCACUGUGCUAUAUGUGACUACUCUUUCCACGUAAACUGCAUUCCCUCGCUUGGCCAUUUGUCCAAAGUCAAGUUCGGAGGCAAAAGUAGCUUGACUUGUCACUCUCAUCCUCUCACACUUACACGGAUGCUUACUUAUGGAAGAAAUGAGAGGUGUGGGUAUUGUCACCAAAUCAUCCCGGGAUUGGUAGAUCAACCGGCUUUCUCAUGUUCACAAUGCGACUAUUGGAUUCAUUUUUCUUGUGCGAGGGAUUCAUUCACAUCCUCUCACAAUUCUACAUCCUUGGUUUUCGAGGAAAUCGAUGCACAGAAGUGGUAUGAUAUGUUUGAUGAAGACGAAGAUUAAUUGAUAGUAGUAUACUACUGAAGAGAUGAAUUUACUCUGUUUAAGAAACUGUAAUUGCUGCUGGUGAGGUGUGUCAUGUGUGUAAUAUUUAAUGACUUACUUAAUUAUUUACAAUAUUUGAAUUGCCUAUUUUGUUUUUAUGUAUUUUU